UUUGGAGGAUCCCGAGAAGUUACGUCCAGCGACUUUGUUUCAUUUUCCCACAUUUGUGCACUUUCACAGAUAUUAAACAGUUAAUAAACCACCGUUAUUACACCUUUAAACCUGAAGAAACACUAAAUAGACAAAACAAACAAAUCACAUAACUUCACUCCUCGCGUUCCCGCCAAAAAGUCCUUAGACACGACUCGUGGUAGUCGUGGUACAGAGUACUACAGAGUUUAAUUCAGUGAGUUACUAGCGUUUUGUUAACAAGUGCGUUUAUACUGUUUAAUUAUUUCUUAUGGAGAUCAAAAAAAUAUUGAAUACUUCAACAAAAAAAUGUCAAUGAAGACGGGCAAUUAGUCGUUAAAGUACGAUUAGCGCGGUUUUAAUAAAUUCAGUUAUUUUUAAUGAUAUUGAAUAUUAACAAGGAUAUAGAAAUUUCAGUGAUAAUUAAUAAUUGGGAAUUUAAUUGUUUUUAUGAUCGAACAAUCACCAAUAGUCGUCGAAGAAACGAUAAUUGGUCAAAAUUAAUUAAUCUGGACGAUAAAAAUAAUAUAUCUAUAUAGUAAGUAAUACUAAUAUAUCUAUAUAGUAAUAUAUAUCUAGUAAGGGGGGCCAACUUAAGGGUGAUCAUUUGUUUAAUCAAUUAUGAAUAAAUAAAAGACAAAGAAACAAUUUUUACAUUUGAACAUUAACGAACAAAUUAUUAAAAAUUAAAAAAUUCCGAAAAUCAAAAAAAGGGGAGCCAAAUUCAGUGAGCCGCGCUAAUCAUGUUCUGAAAAGAAUUGAACAUGACGUCGUUCUUUUUAGUGUCAGAACUAGUUCCAGAAAACAUGUUCGCGGAAUUAAACAGGUCCGCGAACAUGAUAAGUCUAAUAGCUGUUUGUAGCUGUUUAGUUCCGCGGACAUGUUAAGUCUGUAGCUGUUUGUAGUGUAGCGAAUCACGUAUUAAAUUAUUAUUUUAACUAUGUUCUAUAUUUAUUUAAAAUUUUAUUAAUUACACAAUAUUAAAAAAAAAAGGUAUUAAUAAUACAAUUUUUAAAAAACACUAUAUAAAAAGAGAUUACCGCUGAUGGCAAUUAUAAUUAUUAUUUUGUAAGCUUUUUAGUUUUAGGUUCAUUGUUAGAGUUGAUUGCAUAAUUUAUUAAUGUACUAUUCUACUUUGUCAUAAUUUUAAUUACUUUACUACUUUCAUUAUUUUUCAAUGUAUUGUACGAUGCAUCGGAAACUAUAUAUAACCUAUCAAUUGUUAAUUAAAAUACCACGUUGUUCUGUUAUACAACAUAGAUUUAGCUCGUUGUAGCCUUAGAACCUUUUUCCCAUAACCGAGAUACCAAUAUAUCUUAUUUUCAUUACGUAAUGUAGUUAACAAAACUAGCGAAAGUGGUGAAUGUUUUAAAGUUCUCGAAUUUUGAAUUAUGAUUUUCUAAGAAAUGGUCUACAAACACUUAGGGUUAAGUGCUCGUAGGAAUGGUGUAUGGUCAAGAUCAAAAUCCAUAGCAAAACAUUUUAAUUUAUUCAACUAUCGACUGUUUUGUACUGGUGGUAGGACCUCUUGUGAGUCCGCGCGGGUGGGUACCACCACCCUGCCUAUUUCUGCCGUGAAGCAAUAAUGCGUUUCGGUUUGAAGGGUGGGGCAGCCGUUGUAACUUACUUGAGACCUUAGAACUUUCUCAAGGUGGGUGGCACAUUUACGUUGUGUAUGUCUAUGCGCUCCAGUAACCACUUAACACCAGGUGGGCUGUGAGCUCGUCCACCCAUCUAAGCAAUAAAAAAAAAAACACGUAGGUCGUAGAGAAAAUGUAAUAUGAAAGAGAUCUACACGCAGUUGCUCCAUCUCACUCCUUCCAUCUCACUCCUUCGUAUUCGCGUUAUAUUUCGCCUUAUCUCUUUACGUGGACUCGUGUCGGUUCGGGACUCGCCGCGUCACGCUACCGCGCCGCGCGGUACCUAUGCUCUAAUCAUGUCCGCAUGUCCGUCAUGUUCAACGCGUUCGUAGUUCCUGCAUAACAGUACACUUGGAAUGGAAAUGGAACUGUCUGAACAUGUUAAUUUUGACAACUCGGAUUGAAUGAUAAAGUUCCAUACGAGAACAUAGUUCCAGGAACUAUUUCGGUCCGGAACUACGCAUGCCGGUGCAGCCAAUAAAUUAAUCUGUGGUCUAAGAAUAUGGCAAAAAAAGAUUUCACAAUGACGACUUCUAUUCUUUGAAAAAAAUUGUUGGUUCAAAGUAUUACCAAACAAAGCAGAAAUUGAAAAAUAAUUUUUAAAAAAAUUAGCUACUCAAUGAAACAAAAAAGGUGCCCAUCAGGAGAAAAGAUGCCGGCGACCAGUUUCACCUCUUUACUGUGCAGUGCAUUAAAAGAAGAGUGCAGUAUUAAAAACGUUUGGAAUCAUAAUCUUCAUGAAGAAUUUCAUGUAAUAAGACAGGUUGUCCAGAAAUACCAUUGGGUGGCCAUGGAUACUGAAUUUCCAGGUGUAGUUGCAAGACCAAUUGGUGAAUUCAGAUCCACUGCAGAUUAUCAAUACCAGCUUUUAAGAUGCAAUGUGGAUCUGUUGCGGAUCAUACAAUUAGGAUUAACGUUUAUGGACGAAAAUGCUAAAACUCCCCCAGGGUGCACAACUUGGCAGUUUAAUUUUAAAUUCAAUCUUCAGGAGGAUAUGUAUGCACAAGACUCGAUAGACUUACUACAAAAUUCUGGUCUGCAAUUCAGGGAACAUGAAGAACAUGGUAUUGAACCCCUUGAAUUUGCUGAAUUACUAAUGUCAUCUGGAAUUGUACUAAUGGAUAACAUCAACUGGUUGAGUUUUCAUUCUGGAUAUGAUUUUGGUUAUUUACUUAAGUUGCUUACUGAUCAAAACCUACCUCAUGAAGAGAAUGACUUCUUUGAACGAUUGCGUCUAUAUUUCCCCACCGUGUAUGAUGUCAAGUACCUGAUGAAACUUUGCAAGAAUCUUAAAGGUGGCUUACAAGAAGUUGCAGAUCAGUUGGAAUUGAGGCGAGUAGGUCCCCAACAUCAAGCCGGUUCUGACUCACUACUGACUGGCAUGGCGUUUUUUAAAAUUAAAGAAAUAUUUUUUGAUGGAAACAUUGAAAGUACGAGUGGACAUCUGUACGGACUUGGAGCUCCAUUCACUACUAACGCCAACAACUUCCAGGAUAACGUGGAUAGUGGAAACUCAUCUUGAUCUGAACUGCCUUGCUAAAGAGUUUAACUCAGUAGUCACUUCUGUUUCAUACCAAGGAAUAGAAAUAAAUAACAAUUUGUACCUGAUUAACUUUGAAGAAAUAAGCUUAGUCUAAACUGUGAUAAAUGUUAGUGUAGUUUUGUCUUCGUGGUAGUUUAAUGACUGAAUAAAGAGAUUGUAAAUAAAA